CCCCACGCGGGAGCUUCUGGAGUCUCCAGCCACCGCUUCUCACUUCAUUGGAGAAGGGGCUGGGGCCGGGAGGGGAGCUAAUAAAGAGUGAAUGAGCUGCAGCCGCUGUGGCGGCCGGAGAGUGCCCGAGCGGCACCGGAGCGGUGCGACCGGGAGGCGGCGAGGGGAGGCGGUUCGCCUUGUCCCUCCCACCCGCCUUUCUCUCUCUCUCUUCCUCCAGCUGGUCUCAGAGCCCGGCUCGGUCCGGUCCCUCUGUCCCCACCCCGCACUCCUCCACCUCCUCCGAGUCCCACUCCUCACCUAGGGCGCCCUGCACUGCCAUGGGUUAGGGUGGGGGCGCGAGCCGCGCGAAGGACUAGCCCUGUGCAUCCGCCGGGGGGCGCGGAGCCCGAACGCCGCUCGCCGCUCGUCGGCUCAGGGCAUGGGGAGCGCGGUGUGAGCCCGCACCCGGGGAGGACGCAGGAGCUGCGGAGACGGGCGCGAGGAGGAGGAGGAGAACGGUGGAUUGGAAGGACCCGAGGGAGGAAGGGAGGGUGGGGAAGCGAGGGAAAAGUGAAGCUGGGAGGAGAAAGCGGCGGAAGGUGGGGAUUGAUGCUUCUGUUUUUUGUUGCCGCUGUUGCCCUCGCGCUGGUAGCCGAGCCGGAGGGAAGGCGGUGGAGAGAUGAUUGCAGAGUUGGUGAGCAGCGCUCUGGGGCUCGCUUUGUAUCUCAACACCCUGAGUGCGGAUUUCUGCUACGAUGACAGCCGUGCUAUCAAGACUAAUCAGGACCUUCUCCCAGAAACCCCAUGGACCCACAUUUUCUACAAUGAUUUUUGGGGAACGCUGCUAACCCACAGCGGCAGCCACAAGUCCUACCGGCCACUCUGCACUCUUUCCUUCCGCCUGAACCAUGCCAUCGGAGGGCUGAAUCCCUGGAGCUACCAUCUCGUCAACGUGCUCCUGCAUGCGGCGGUCACUGGCCUCUUCACGAGCUUCUCCAAGAUCCUGCUUGGGGAUGGGUACUGGACCUUCAUGGCUGGCUUGAUGUUCGCCUCUCACCCCAUCCACACGGAGGCGGUGGCAGGAAUCGUGGGCCGGGCCGACGUGGGGGCCAGUCUCUUCUUCCUCCUCUCCUUGCUCUGCUACAUGAAACACUGUUCUACAAGAGGCGCCUCGGCCAGGACCUGGGGCUGGUUCCUGGGGACAGGACUGUGUGCUGGAUGCAGCAUGCUGUGGAAGGAACAAGGAGUGACGGUCCUGGCAGUUUCAGCCGUUUAUGACGUCUUUGUCUUUCACAGGCUGAAAAUGAAACAGAUCUUACCCACCAUUUACAAAAGGAAGAACUUGUCUCUUUUUCUCAGCAUUAGUUUGUUAACUUUCUGGGGAACUUCCCUUUUGGGUGCCCGUUUAUACUGGAUGGGAAACAAACCACCAAGCUUUUCCAACUCUGACAACCCAGCUGCUGAUUCGGAUAGCCUCCUGGCUCGGACACUCACCUUCUUCUACUUGCCAACCAAGAACCUUUGGCUGUUGCUCUGCCCAGAUACCCUCAGUUUUGAUUGGUCAAUGGAUGCCGUGCCUCUGCUCAAAACAAUUUGUGAUUGGAGAAACCUACACACUGUGGCCUUCUAUACUGGACUCCUCCUUCUUGCCUACUAUGGUUUGAAGAGCCCAAGCGUAGAAGGAGAAUGCAACGGGAAAUUUGUAACAAAUGGCAAGCAGAAUGCAAAUGGACAUAGCUGCCAUUCGGAGGUGGAGUACCGGAACUCAGAGAUUAAGCCCAGCUUUCCAUCCAAAGUAGAAAAUGGCAUUAAAAAUAAUGUGUCAGAGAGAACACGGCUUCCUUCUACAGAGAACAUUGUUGUUUUGUCUUUAUCUUUGUUAAUAAUACCCUUCGUUCCUGCCACGAACCUGUUUUUCUAUGUUGGCUUUGUAAUUGCAGAGCGAGUAUUGUAUAUCCCUAGUAUGGGCUUCUGCCUCCUCAUUACAGUGGGUGCGAGAGCCCUGUAUGUCAAAGUCCAAAAGCGGUUUCUCAAGAGCCUGAUUUUUUACGCUACAGCUACGUUAAUUGUUUUCUAUGGACUGAAGACGGCGAUCAGGAACGGAGACUGGCAGAAUGAGGAAAUGCUGUAUAGGUCAGGGAUAAAAGUAAACCCAGCUAAAGCAUGGGGUAACCUUGGAAAUGUUCUCAAGAGUCAGAGCAAAAUUUCUGAAGCUGAAAGCGCCUAUAGAAACGCUUUGUAUUACCGAAGCAACAUGGCUGACAUGCUUUAUAAUUUAGGGUUACUUCUACAAGAGAACAGCAGGUUUGCAGAAGCACUACAUUAUUAUAAAUUGGCAAUCGGGAGCAGGCCUACGCUGGCUUCUGCAUAUUUAAACACCGGGAUUAUUCUAAUGAACCAAGGAAAGACAGAAGAAGCUCGACGCACGUUCCUGAAGUGUUCUGAGAUCCCUGACGAAAACCUAAAGGACCCUCAUGCCCAUAAGAGCUCGGUCACCAGCUGUCUGUACAACCUGGGGAAACUCUAUCAUGAGCAGGGACACUAUGAGGAUGCACUUAGUGUAUACAAGGAAGCAAUUCAGAAAAUGCCAAGGCAGUUUGCCCCACAGAGCUUGUACAACAUGAUGGGUGAAGCGUACAUGCGACUAAGCAAGCUCCCUGAAGCAGAACAUUGGUAUAUGGAAUCACUGAGAUCCAAGACAGACCACAUCCCUGCUCAUCUCACCUAUGGGAAACUGCUUGCUCUAACAGGUCGUAAGAGUGAGGCUGAAAAAUUCUUCUUGAAGGCUAUUGAGCUGGACCCCACCAAAGGAAACUGUUACAUGCAUUAUGGUCAAUUUCUUCUGGAAGAAGCUCGCCUCAUAGAAGCAGCUGAGAUGGCAAAAAAAGCAGCUGAACUGGAUAGCACGGAGUUUGAUGUGGUCUUCAAUGCUGCCCACAUGCUCAGGCAGGCUAGCCUCAAUGAAGCAGCCGAGAAGUAUUAUGAUCUGGCAGCCAAGCUGAGGCCUAAUUAUCCGGCUGCUCUGAUGAACUUGGGAGCCAUCCUGCACCUCAAUGGACGACUCCAGAAGGCCGAGGCCAACUACCUGCGGGCGCUGCAGCUCAAGCCGGAUGACAUCAUCACGCAGUCCAAUCUCCGCAAACUCUGGAACAUCAUGGAAAAGCAAGGCUUGAAGACUUCCAAGACUUGACACAGGAGGGCCAUACCUCAUCCUCCUCCAUAUUUGAAAGCAGGCUUCAUUAACGAACAGAACUUCCCAGCAGUGCUAUGACAAGAGCUAGUUUGGACUUCAAGACCGGGGGGCAGAAGUCACUGAGGUCACUGCCACUUCUGGAAGUAUCCACUUUGCUGUGGGCACAGCCGUUAACACCAAAAAGAGAAACAUUGGAAACCUCCUGCAGGAUGUAAUUGUUACCCAUAGAACUGUAAACCAGAGCACUUAAAACAGGAUCUUUUGGCAUUCUUAAAGGGGGGAGGGGAGUCUGAGUUUCAAAUUUUGUUCAAUUUUGAAAGCUAAUUUAGAAAUGAUACUGUUCCUUAAACACUGUGAGAGGAAGUCAGAAUUUCUGUUCAGCCAAGGUAAACUAUUACGGUCAAGUGUUCACACGCAGUGAUUCAAGUGUCGUGUGAAUCCUGGUGAGCUGGCCGGUUGUCCUGACGCUGCUGUCUUCCCUCUUUGGGACAGCCUGCUUAUCAAUGUCUAAAACUUAGAAAACUUUCUUUUUUUUUUUUUUAAUACUGUGUCACGAUCUGUCAGAGUCUACAUUUGUUUCCUGACUAGUGCACAUAACGUUUUAUGAUUUAGAUGUCACCGUCAUUUGGGCAUCCUUUGCUUUUCAUGUUCUGAAAAGGGUUUACAGAACAGAGCAAACCAUGUUUCUCACUGGUGUUGUAGGAGGGACUGGGGAGGCCUUAUGCGUUCCAGGCAGGCAUUUUUUACUUUGACGUCACCGACGUUUUCCCAAAACUGCCUAGGAGGAUUCAUUGUAUUAAUUCUUAGGCUUUUGAAAUUGCCUUUUAAAAUGGCUAUUCCUGGUUAACGCUCAUGCUAAGGCAGUAAAUCAAAAGGAAGCUUAACAAAUGGUCUAGUUCCAAUAACUAACCAGCAGCUAUUAGACAAAAGGGAAGAUGCUUUGUGCCUUCCAGAUGUUGCUGGGUUAAAAAUCAAGUCUGCGUGAGGGUGUAUAAUGAUGGUUGCCAACGAUUUUAUAUUUUGGAAAGAGUUGGUAUGAAAUGCUAAUCACUUUCGAAUAGGUACCUAAACAGCAGUGCUGAUAAGUUUUUGAGGAAUUAUUUUUAAUCAUACUUUGUUCUUCCCAAAAGACAUAAAAAAUGACUUAUUUUAAGCUGCAGUAGACUAUAGCAUUAGCCCACGUGUUUCUAGGUCUCCUGCCAAGUGCUUUUCACAGUUGAAAACUAUUUUUCACUAGCAAAUUUGGCAUUUUAUUUCAUUACCUAUUAGUAACCACUUCAGUGAUAAUUUCACAAGUAAAAGACUAUAAGGGAAGUAGAGAGAAACAUUUACUGAACAUUUUUUGACUUGCAGUCAAACUUUGCUACUAAAAAUUAACUGUAAAAACAACAAUCCACUCUCAACUUCUUCCUAGAGAAAGUAGCUAUACAAUACCCAACAUAUUUAUUUAUUUAUUAUUCUACCAUAGCGAAAUAACAAAAUUUGAUUCAUUAAACCAGUUCUUUGCAACUUAAAAUUAGCUUUUUUUCUUGUCCUUUCACAUUCCGUGUAUAUAUGGUCAGCGUCCCCAUUUAAGGGAAGCUGGACAUGCAAAUAGAUCAUAUUAUGUUUUCUUCGUAUUUUAUAUAUGUUUUGCUGCAUAUCCGAAUAAGGUGGGAUAAAGAAUUAAAGUAGUGUUCCUAUGGCAUUAGUGUUUUGGUGAGAAGGGCAACAUAGUGAGAGAGAUUUGUUGAUGGCAUUAAAAGAAGGCCCUCCUAAUAUGUAUAUUAUUUGGUAAACAUUUCAUUGAAGGGCCACAAGUUAAAUUAUAAUUAAAUCACUGUGUUUUCAGAAUGAUAUUUAAUGUUUAACAACAACAAACACGUGGUCAAACCAAAAGCGUGGGUUGAAGUAUAUUUUUCAUCUUCUAGUGCAUUGGCAACUGCAAAAAAAAAAAAAAUUAAUAAAGGAAAAAAGGAAUUUAAUAUAAGGAUAUAGAGGUGAAUUCAGUGUCUAACAUUUUUAUUUAUUUAAAUAGUUAUUGACCUAUGAUGACUUCCUCGUCUUAACAUUUUGUGUCUUUUUAUUGUUAUUGUUCUUCUUUUCACACACUCGGUUCUUGGUAGGUUCGCUGAUGGCACGGCAGAGGCACUUCAUGUUGACCCAAUUCCCAAGUAGCAUUAAUAAUUGGGCCUGUGUCAUAAAAUGCAUGGAUCGUUAACAACUAAAUGUCCCUGACACCUUUCACUACAGGGCUGGGCUUAGUAACUGACCACCUUGGGGGGAGGGUUAAGGGGGUCUAUAGAACAUGGUCAAAAAAUGUCUCCGCUCAGGGAUUUAUGGUGGAUUAUUGCAGACAGUGCUAAAAAUAUAGAGCACAAGUUUACUAAAUUAAAAUUUUAUUUUUUGAGAAACUGUUAUUUGUAUAAAUUAUCAAGAUUUGUAGGCUUUCCUUUUGUAGAAAUAAUUGUUUUAUGUGCCAGAGAAUUUCGAUUUUGUUUUCAACAAUAAAGCAUUGAU